UGUGACCUGGUCAUAUUGCAAUGGGCUGCGGCGUGCUACCGCGCACCCACGGCACUGAGACUGACCCAGGUCCAGGAAUGUGGUUGGUAGGUAUAGGUGGUGAAGAUUAGAGGUACCGUAUCUAGCCCGCCAGCCAUCCUGCAGUCCUGCUGCUCUAGUCCACCUGCAUGGCGGUGGUGUCCCUCUUGGGAUUCUCGCUCCCUCUCUUCUGCGUUCGUCUCUUCCCGACCCACCAAGCCUUCCUCAUUUGAUGCUGUUCGGUCACGGCGAUUGAAUUCGCGAGAUUCAGCUAUGCCAACGACGAUCUCCACAAGGCAGUCUCUGCAGUUUGCUUUGCCUUCAAACAAUGCACGUCCAAUAUCGACUGCAGUAAGAAUGACAUGUUUUGCUAAGAAGCAACCUAUUGUUGCCGUGCCCUUAUCAUCUAGUUUGGAGGACAAAAGGUAUGAGCCUGUAGUCAAAAUGUGUGGCAUUACAUCUGCCAUCGAUGCGGAGAUGGCUGUGAUGGCUGGAGCUAAAUUAAUUGGGAUGAUUCUUUGGCCCAACUCCAAACGCUCUGUUCCAUUGUCUGAAGCCAAAGAGAUAUCCAGAGUGGCCAAAUCUUAUGGGGCUGAAUCAGUGGGUGUGUUUGUGGAUGAUGAUAAUAGUACUAUCUUGAGAGCAUCUGAUACAUGCAAUCUCGAUCUUAUCCAGCUUCAUGGAGAUAGCUCCCGAGAACUACUUCCUCUGCUUUGGAAGAACAACAGGAUUGUAUAUGUGCUAAAUGCUGAUGACGACGGUAUACUUAUCAAUGCUCCUCCAAGUGAGGAAUAUGUUCUUGAUUGGUUUUUGGUGGACAGUGCAAAAGGUGGAAGUGGUAAAGGGUUCAACUGGGAAAAAUUCCAAAUGCCAACUGUUAAAAGCAAGAACGGGUGGUUAUUAGCAGGAGGCCUUCAUGCAGAUAAUGUUCACCAAGCCGCUUCUGCUCUAAAGCCAAAUGGCCUGGAUGUUAGCAGUGGCAUAUGUUAUCCUGACGGUUUACGGAAAGACCCGAAGAGAAUGUGUUCCUUCAUGAGCAGUGUAAAAACUUUGAAUCUCCUCUAAAAUACUAGUACAUUAUUGGUCAUAGUUUCUUGGUGCAGUAUGUGGAAACUGAAUAAAUGGCAGUCCUAAUAAAAAAUAAAGGCAUUAUUGAUCUUU